AUGCUCGCCCUGCUCUUCUCAUACCACCAGGUCAUGCCCGACUAUCUCGAUUUCCUGGCCUCUUUCGGCUUCCAAAGCACGGCGCGAGACGUCCGGCACAGCGCAUUCCGGCGACAGAUGUCUCUUAAGCAGUCAGCGGUGGUCCUCACGGGCAACGGCCUGGGGAGAUCCGGACAUCAGUACCAGGUUGCGUACAACUUGAAGGGCGUAACGCAAAAGGGAGAGGAAGUGUGGUCGAUAAGGAACGCCGCCUUCUACCAUCAGUACGACGUGGGCACGAACCGUGCUCUGUGGAUCGUCACCAAAGGCGGGACGGACAUUUAUGAGAGCUACAAGGAGCUGACUGGUUCGGAUGGCCGACCGGAAGACAAGACGUUCACCUCGGCGGAAGAUUGCUUCGCGGCUAGUCUCUCACCACACCUCUUGUUUUGUCGCUGGUCGACCGAAGACUGGCGAGGGUACAUCAGAGUAUUGGAAGAAAAGGUGGACAAGGAGAGCAAGAUGGCAGUGAUUGGCCUACGUGAACAUGGCCAUCAUGCGAAGCGAUACCGACCCAGCGACAUUCAACUGAUGCAAGCGCUGGAGGAGAAAGCUAGCGAGGCGGCUGUGGUUCUCGAGGGGAACGUCGAUAUCAUGACAUCACUGCGGCAGUUCUACGAGGGCCUGGCCAAGGACGACAGGUUUCCGUGUCGCAACUCCUGCGCGGGCGAGUUAACCGACUUUGUGAACCAGCUCGACGCAAUGAUAGGCGACCUGAAGAACAACAGCGGGAGGGCCAGGGCUCUGGUGAAGACCACAGCAGACAGAAAAGAGCUGAUUAUACAAUACCGCGGCGAAGAAUCGGCGGAGCGGAUGCACAGGCUCAACAAGAACAUGGAGGAGGAGACGAUUGUGGUCCGCAUCAUUACGCUCGUGACGCUGAUUUACCUGCCCGCCACAUUUGUGUCCACCUUUUUCAGCACCGACAUCAUCAAGUACCAGGAUGACCAGUAUCCCAACGGCAGGUUCUCCAACACGGCCAUGUACCGCUGGCUCCAGGUCACGCUGCCUCUGACCUUCCUGACCUUGCUUGCGGCGUGGGUGGGUAAGAUGUAUGCAUCAAAGAAGGCCGAUGAGGCAAUCCUCGAUGGCGGCAUAGAGGUGCCCCCACUGGUGGAGCGACUUCAGGUGGGAUACUGGUUGCAACGGGUGCAGUCCCGAUGGAAAUGGCCCGUGCGGCAGUCGCCAGCAAUGCCGCUGUUACCACUGAGCAAGCGGACAACGCAAGCGCAGCCAGUGAAUGGGGUCACUGGACAACAACUUCCGUAA